UGUCUGUCAGUGUUGCACACAUAGAGCAAAGGAGAAAAACAGAUUGAUAACGAAACGAUGGCAGCGGAAGGAGGUCUGAAGCUGCUGGGCCUGACGGUGAGCCCGUUCGUGAUCCGUGUACGCAUGGCACUGCAGAUGAAACGCGUGGGCUACGAGUACAUGGAGCAGGACCUGUUCACCAAGGGCGAGCUCCUCCUCAAGUCCAACCCGGUGCACAUGAAGGUCCCGGUGCUCAUCCACGACGGCAAAUCCAUCUGCGAGUCGCUGGCCAUCGUGCAGUACGUCGACGAGGUCUGGGCCGCCACGGGCACCUCCAUCCUCCCCGCCGACCCCUACGACCGCGCCGCCGCUCGCUUCUGGGCCGCCUACGCCGACAGCAAGCUCUUGCCUGCGUGGGUGGGCAUCAUGUGGGCGGCGACGGAGGAGGAGAGAGCGGAGAAGGUCGGCGACACGCUCGCGGCUAUCGGCCAACUGGAGGAGGCGUUCGGAAAGUGCUCCAACGGAAAGCCCUUCUUCGCCGGCGAUUCCGUCGGCUACCUCGAUCUCGUCGUCGGUUCGCAGUUGCUCUGGUUCGAGGUGCUGCGGAAGAUGUUCGGCGUCGUGGUCAUUGAGGCCUGCAGGGCUCCCUUCUUGGCCGCGUGGGUGAAGCGGUUUUGGGAGACUGAUACGGCGAAGGCGGUGGUGCCGGACGUUGGCACGGCGGCGGAGUACCUGAAGAAGCUUCAGUCUCAUCGGGCUGGUGCCACGGUUGCCCAGUUGCUGUCGUGACAAAAUCACAAAAGUGCAUGUAGAAAUUGUUGAUCCCGGUAGCCAGUUUACAGCGUAUUUUUGUUUAGGCCAGCUCUGGUCAUGAGUUGCAAGGAUGCAAAGAAUGAAGAGGUUUCCAUCCUGACACCAAAGAGGAUGUCAAGUUGUUUGUAAGAAAUCACAAGUAUGGUCUUGUUAUUUUUUUAAAGAGGAAUAUAUUAAUAUCAAGCAGGUAUGGUCUUGCUA